AUGCCCGGAGCGGCGGCAGGGACGGCGGGCGCGGGCUCGGCGGCGGCGGGGAUGCUCCCGGCGCAGGAGGCGGCCAAGAUCUACCACACCAACUACGUGCGGAACUCGCGCGCCAUCGGCGUGCUCUGGGCCAUCUUCACCAUCUGCUUCGCCAUCGUCAACGUGGUGUGCUUCAUCCAGCCCUACUGGAUCGGCGACGGCGUGGACACGCCGCAGGCGGGCUACUUCGGGCUCUUCCACUACUGCAUCGGCAACGGCUUCAGCCGGGAACUCACCUGCCGGGGCAGCUUCACGGACUUCUCCAGCCUGCCCUCGGGAGCCUUCAAGGCUGCCUCCUUCUUCAUCGGGCUCUCGAUGAUGCUCAUCAUCGCCUGCAUCGUCUGCUUCAUCCUCUUCUUCUUCUGCAACACAGCCACCGUCUACAAGAUCUGUGCCUGGAUGCAGCUCACCUCGGCUGCCUGUCUCGUCCUGGGUUGUAUGAUUUUUCCUGAUGGCUGGGAUUCAGAUGAGGUAAAACGGAUGUGUGGUGAAAAGACAGACAAGUACACGCUGGGGGCUUGCUCAGUCCGCUGGGCGUAUAUCCUGGCUAUUAUUGGAAUCUUGGAUGCCCUGAUCCUCUCAUUUCUGGCGUUUGUGCUUGGCAACAGACAAGACAGCUUGCUAGCAGAGGAGCUCAAGUUGGAAAACAAAGAUGAUGGAAAUGCUUAAGACAAAUUAAGGUAGUAUGACACAGACUAAUUCCUACUAAGCCAAUCCUCACUAGAAUGAGCACAAAAUAAAAUGAAUAACAGCUUUUGUACAUCAACAACAUUAAAAUGGGAAGAAGCUUGGGAAAGGGCCUCCGACGGAGAAGAAUGCUGAUAAGUGUGAAACUGCCUGAUUGGUAAGCGCUACCUUCUAAACAUAGACCAGCCAGGCACAGAAGAGAUUUUCGGAAGAGAAAUGCAAUCAUGGAUUACACACCAGCUCAUCAGAAACUGUUGCUGACUGCAGCGCUCAGAAGACAUGCAUGAAAAGUCACAUUUGGGGAAUAAAUUAAAAGGGGUGUAGUUGUUGCUAGAUAAACAUAUGUAAUAUAUAUGCAUUGAAGAGGUUUGUAAAUGUCAUUUUUUUUAUUCAGAUAAAGAAAAGCAAAAAGCUUUAAAACCUUUCAUAGUAGAGAGGCAGUUAACUCCAGACUAUUCCUAUCCCAGUAGCCAAGAAGUUGAUAGGAAUUAGCAUUAAAUUAGCAUUUAUAAAUAGACUCUCUGAAUGUUUUCAUCAACUAGUGGAAAAAACAUAACUUUUACUGCUACGUUCCUGCACUUCGUUUACUUCACUGUAUAAUAAGUUGACUAAAAAUGUAAAGCUUCUCAAUUUUUACUGCAUACGUGCUCCAAUUAAUCUAUGUCUGUAACAAACUUAAGACUGAAAAAUUAUUUCUGACCUAGAUUCUAGUUCUAUGAAGCAUAUAUAAGAUAUGUCUCACAGAAUGUCAUAAUACUCUAAUUUCCCAAACCGCAUAGAGUGAUGAAAUAAAAGCACCUGAUUUUUUUUUUUUAAUAGGAGAAARUAAUUUACCCCUUAAAUAUAACAUGCAGCUCCCUGCUGCAAGGACAUUUCCAUAGCUUUUCUGCCAUAUAACCACUGUGCAACAUUAACCUGUGCCACAGGCAAUUAGACCAGGUGACCUAAUGAUCCUUUCCAGCCUUAAAAUCAACUGUGAUAGUAACAGAACAAGCAAAUUCACACCAUGAAGAGGUGCGGGUGGCUGGGACGGGUGCCCAGGGUCCACCCGUGGGCCCCCAGCUCAGCAUCUGCACCGCCAGCACCACCAGACACGUGGGGCAUCAAGAAAGACCUGAUAGACAUGAGCAGUGAGGGCUGUGAGAUAAGAGAUUUGCAGGGGAGGGAAGCAGAUGAGAAGCUGUACUUGAUCAUAUUGUCAAUAAAUGAGCACAGGGAUUUAGAUAACUCUCUUAUCUAACAAGGCACCGGUGUGGCCCUGCUCACCUCAGAAACUGGAUGCCAAUGRGGAUGUUUGGCAAGCAGUUUAUGGGUGAAUCUGGGAGGGAGUUUUAGAAAACACUUCCUUUGAACCCAAACCUGCACAUGUAGCUGUGUGCAGGAGAUGCUCCUGACAUCCUUGGGAGCACAGUUAGAGCUGAUGGGAAAUCCCACCCAAACCAACCAACCCCCACAAGUAAAUUCCCAGCACCUGCUGCUCAACUAAAGAUGAAAAAAUAAAGUAUAAUUUCUACACAACACUGCAUAAACUCACUAAGCUCCCACUUCCAGCAGAUAUUUCAAUGUGAUUAAUUCAUCCAGUGUUAGCUGGGAAAUGCACAUCCCUAAAGGCUGAGGGCACUGGGGAGAUCCUGGUUGUGCUACCGCAUCGCUGCCGUCUUCUGCUCCUUCGGUUCACCUAUACCCCAAGUUACUGCAAUCAUGGCACUUCUGCUGUGACAGAAGCUAUAAAAACAGGGUUUUUCUGUACUAUAUUAUUUUGUUACGGAUUUCAGAGUUUUGCGUCUUGGUGACUGUGUCAUGUAAAGCCCUUUCUAAAUAUAAAUGUCGAAAAAAUGUGUCAUUGCAAGAUCUUGCAGUCCUGCCAGGACAGCUCAGCCAAAAGAUACCAUUUGUAUGUAAACAGAAGCAAAGACUUUUGCGGACGUUCAUCACUAAAUGUUGAUUCAGUAUUAGUAGUAUGUUUUUAUCUUUAUAAAUGUUACUGCUUUCCCACUCCAUUCCAUCGUAAUGUGUCAACUGCGUGUAAUUUUUUUUAAAGUCAACAAACUGUAAAGAAAACUGUUGGAAUACCUGAUUUUCUGUAAAAAAAAAAAGAAAAAAUAACAACAAUAAUUUUUGUUACUUUAAAGUAUGCUUGGUAUUAAAGUACCUAAUAAAGUUCAACAAUGAAUUUUGU